AUGUUUGUGGAGCAAGAAUAUGAAGAACAUAUUUUUGCGAGUAGCUCUGAAAUGGAAAACUUCAGUUCAGAAGACGAAGAAGAUUUAGUGGAUAAUUGCUGGGACGAUGAAACGGAUGAUCAAUGCCAGUAUAGUGAAGAUAAUUUGUCAAAUGAAGACGAUGAUGAAUAUGUUUUAUCGAGUGAUUUAUCUCAAACACAAAGAGCAACAUUUUCUGGUAUCCGGGUGUUCCACAAAGUCAAUCCAAAACGAUGA